GGGUAGAGGUGUGACAUUUAAAACCACUAAAAAAGCAAAAAAUUAUGUUUUGUUUGGUACUUUUUUACUCUCCUUUUGCUGCAUAUUUAUUAUUAGCUCAACUCUGUAAUGGCGUGUAAAAGUGCGGGUUGAGCUCCCAAAAAAUGUCAAAAAUCAAAAAUUCAGUUUAUUUUCUGUUGAUCCUAACGAAACAAGGGUGGGCAACCUGUUCAUGACGUCGAGCCAGUUGUUUUGGUCCCCCCCUCUGCCCAAUCGGAAGCUCCGCUCACAUUCUACCGGAGCCGAAAUGGGUCUAUUCAAGCAACCGCUCUGUCGUCCCGUAAGUACCUUAACGCCCUUCGACGGGUGCUCUGUGGUACCCGACUGCUGCUUUAAACAGCAGCACUGACAUGGAAACCCCAUUGCAGCUGCAGAACGAUUUCUUUUCAGAGCAGCAGUUCCAGCACUGUAAGUACCAGCACUACUGCGGACGGGAGGAUCGGCUCGGCAAGCAGCACGACCAAUGCUGCACCUGCAAUAACUGCACCUGUGAUGCGAGAAAAAGCCUCGUCUUUCGCGGGACGUCGCCGACCACUGUGGGAACUUUAAGGACACCUUCGGAAACGUCUUCGAGGCAAGGUUGCCAGUACAGCGUCUGCGAGUUCACACCCUCUAGUCAUGGUAGUUCAUCCAGGCAUCAUCAUCCUCACCAUCAGCAGCAGCAUUGCCGCGAUAGGCAGCGGGGCAGCCUGGGCAGCAGCCACAAAGACAGUAACUCCUACAAUGAAAUAGCCAUGAGCAGCUGCAGAUACAACGGCGGCGUAAUGCGGCCGCUGAGCAACUUGAGCUCGUCCCGCAGAAACAUACACGAGUUUGAUUCCGAGUCCCAGCCUUUGCAGCCCAUCUCAGCCGCAGAUGCGUCGGACACUUUAGUAUCCAAGCCGGAGAAUAAUUCCACCACCCUGAUGCCUUACGCAUCGGGAGACGGAGGGGGCGGCUGCAGCCACAGCGGCGGUAAAUCGGGUAAAAAGAAGAACCAGAACAUUGGGGAAAAGCUCGGGCACAGGAGGGCCCUGUUUGAGAAAAGGAAGCGACUCAGCGACUAUGCUUUAAUCUUUGGGAUGUUUGGGAUCGUUGUUAUGGUUAUAGAGACUGAACUCUCAUGGGGAGCCUAUGGAAAGGAGUCCCUGUAUUCAUUAGCUCUAAAAUGCCUGAUAAGCCUUUCUACAAUCAUUCUCCUGGGGCUGAUUAUCAUAUACCAUGCAAGAGAGAUACAGUUAUUUAUGGUGGACAACGCAGCUGAUGACUGGAGGAUAGCCAUGACAUAUGAGCGCAUCUUCUUUAUCUGCCUGGAGAUCCUCGUGUGCGCCAUCCACCCCAUCCCAGGAAACUACACCUUCACCUGGACAGCACGUCUGGCCUACUCCUAUGUGCCAUCCAAGACGGAUGCAGAUGUGGACAUCAUCCUGUCCAUCCCCAUGUUCCUGCGGCUGUACCUCAUCGCUCGUGUCAUGCUGCUGCACAGCAAGCUCUUCACAGACGCCUCGUCCCGCAGCAUCGGUGCACUCAACAAGAUUAACUUUAACACACGCUUUGUGAUGAAGACCCUCAUGACCAUCUGUCCCGGCACUGUGCUGCUGGUCUUCACCAUCUCGCUGUGGAUCAUCGCUGCGUGGACUGUGAGAGCUUGCGAGAGGUACCAUGACAACCAGGACAUAACCAGCAACUUUCUAGGAGCCAUGUGGUUGAUCUCAAUCACGUUUCUUACCAUUGGAUAUGGGGAUAUGGUCCCGAACACAUACUGUGGGAAAGGAGUGUGCCUCCUGACUGGCAUUAUGGGUGCUGGCUGCACUGCCUUGGUGGUGGCUGUGGUGGCAAAGAAACUGGAAUUAACCAAAGCUGAAAAACAUGUCCACAAUUUUAUGAUGGACACCCAGCUGACAAAAAGAGUGAAAAACACAGCUGCGAAUGUUCUCAGGGAGACGUGGCUCAUCUAUAAGAACACCAAACUGGUGAGGAAGAUGGACCACGCCAGAGUCAGGAAGCACCAGAGGAAAUUUCUCCAAGCCAUUCACCAAGCUCGAAAAUUGAGAAGUGUUAAAAUGGAGCAACGCAAGCUGAAUGACCAAGCAAACUCACUAGUGGACCUUGCUAAGACUCAGAACAUCAUGUAUGACAUGAUAUCAGACUUGAAUGAGAGAGGAGAAGACAUGGAGAAAAGGAUUGCCCUGUUGGAGACAAAGCUGGAGACUCUACUGAGUAACUUGCAGGCUCUGCCAGGACUCAUCAGUCAGGUCAUCAGCCAGCAGCACAGGGACUUCCUGGAGGUGCAGCUCCAGCCUUAUGACAAACACAGCCCUGAGCGCUCACAGUCAGUCUCCCGACGACGGUCGUCCUCCACAGCACCACCCACCUCCUCCGAGAGCAGCUAGAGUCCAAGGGGAAUGCCUCCAAUGAAGACUUUUGCCAUCAUAUGGCCAAGUUGCAUUUAUCGUAAAGCCUUAUGGUUUCAACAAGUAUUAUCCAAAUUCUGAUGACAGAAUCCGAGAUACUGGGGACAAUGCAUUUUAACGGAUAACUUCAUGCUGUUAUUUGUUUUUUAUUACCUCAAAAGAUGUUAUCCUUGCUCUGGUGACUUGACCACAGAUAAUGGCGCUUCCCUCAGUAAAAACUUAAAGGCCUGUCGAUGGGGGUAUGAUAAGAGCUCUACUCCAUCUCUAUGCAGAGAUAGCCAGUUUUAGGUGGCAAGGUCAUCAUGUGUGAAACUAUUGCACUAAAAUAGUGCUUCUCACAGACUUUGUGCUUCUGCUGGCUUGAUUCAGUUGCCGUGAUCCUCAAAGCAAACUGAGAAACCACUAAGAUAUUAGUCAGGGAGCAUGACAGUGAUAUUGAGGAAAAGUGCUGUGUUUGAUGGACUGGAGUGAACUGACACCAAACGGCAGAUGAAAAUCGCUCCUACACACUGUCACUCAGAGAUAACUUUAAAAGCUUGAAAUGAGAAAAAAGCAUAUAUCUUUUAGGUUAGAAACAGCAUCAACUAUAGCAGUUUUCUUUUGCAGAGUGCCCCUGUAGAAUGACUAUUUUUGGGGCGACGUUGCAAAUAAUUUAAUCCUCUAGUCAAAAUGAAUGCAUCAGAAUCUGUACUUGCACUUACUUUUUAAUCAAUGCACUUCAAUGCUGACUGAAGUAUGAUAUAAAGAUGCAUUGCUCAUUAAAAGAAGAAGAUUUCAGAUGUUUGGGCAUGGGUCUAUUAUUGUUAAUUCUCGAAGUUGUGGCUAGUGUUGAUGAAUCAAGUGAAAGCCGGUUGUCUGUUUUUCAAAAAGAAGCUUUUACUUAGACCUGCAAAGGUCUACAGAGAUGUAUCGUGGGUCCAACUCAGUAAUUACCCUUGUCUUGCUGUGUCUCACCUCCUGUCCUUUCGUGCUGUGCUAUUUAUGCUCGCUGUCACCCUAGCUGGGCAACAACAAAUGCUGAACAACAUGUCGUUAAAACCAUAUCUACCUUUUAAAAGAAAAAGCCUAUUUUUAUAUAUUUUGAUGAGGACAAGCACACCUCCUACAACUGAACAACCAACAAAGGGGAUGCAAGAUGUGACAGAUUCAGCAUAUCUAGCAUAUGGCUUAAUAUUUCUUGGACUGGAGUUAAGGCACAGACAAUGAAGUUGUCUAUUAGAUUCUUUCCUGGACUUAAUUGUAGACUAUUUGAAAAUUGCAUUAUUCCUCAGAUUGUAUUUAUUUUUUUGAUUUAGAUGACACUGUUGGCUGAGCUGAGAGAGCAAUAUUCAAGAGCAGAAUUGGUAAAUCUACCUACUGUGACUGUCAGUUAUUAGGUUUUUAGAUUAAGUUAUAAUAUCAAAAUCAAAUUAAGAUAUUUAAAUUUGAUUGAAAUAUCCUCCUUGGCCUUUUGCACAAUCUGUCUCCAUAUUAACUGUGUGAAAAGCCAUGAUGUGGACAAUAUACCCUCUAAACAUUAAUAUUCACUAUAUGAAUAUACUAUAGUUGUAAAUGUAACCUUUUUAAGGUUCAGAGGAGAGGGUCAGAGGAGAUCUGGUAAAAUCAGCAGCACUGACUUUGAUCAACAAGGCCACCACCCACUAACCACUAAGUCAAUAAGAUGGUCGACAAAAUGACAGAUGUUCAGUCCACAAACUUCAGCAACAUAGAAACCAAUGAGAGAUUAUACUGUAUGCGACUUAAACAACAAUUAAACAAU